AUAAUACAGCGUUUUAUAUUGAAGAUGGCAUACUCUGGUGACAGUGAUGAACCACAAGAUGAUUCGUUUUCAUCUGACGAAGAAACAUUUCAGGUUGGAAGAAUUCAGCAAUUCUGGAAGGGAACGUACAAUGAAAUUUUGCCUGAAGUUGGUAGUCAUCCACUUGGAGGUAACUCAUCGAGUGAAGUGAAGUUUUUCAUUGUUACCACAGUGGAAUGUGGAGAAGACCGCAUAGAGCGACAAGUGCACAGUAUUAUCCCAACUGGAUGGAUUUCGAGCAACAUGGAAUAUCUACUUUAUCCUCAACCCAGAUUCACAGUUGGGGGUAAAAGUCCGAUUGACUGGGGAGAGAAGACAUUCAGAAGAUUCUAAAUACCAUUCGAGUCGUGGAUGGAAUAUGAUAUUCAUGCCAUUUCAAACCAAACCAAGGCUGUUAAAUUUACGAAAGCAAUAAAGGCCGCCAAAGCUGCAGCUAAUGGUCAACCCAUACUGUCAGACGCUUUUAUUUCCGACACUGAUCGUAUUUUGGGCAGAGGAUUAAGGAAGGCAGCUCAAAAGCGUCCAUGGGAAGAGAAGGUUUCCGGAAAAGGCAAGGAGAGAAGAACGAAUAAUAAUUCUCUAAUAGAGACACCAUCGUCCAGCUCCAACCUCAAUCCAGCUGUUUCCAUCAGGACUCAAAGCUUAAGAUCUUGUCAGUCGAACACCCCGUUUGAUUUCGAAAAUUUCCCAACGAACUUAAAUGUUGGAGCUUGUGUGGGCAACAUCACCACCAACUCUGAGUUGGUUUCAUUGAACAACUCAUCCAUGCCAGUUCCGAAUGCAGCUGUACCGGCGCCCCAUGGUAGCAGUGGUGGCGGCAGCAGUAUUAUUCGUCCGUCCGUUAUUCCUAGUCCACAACCGCAUGAUGUUGGCACAAGAACUGAAGCAGCAUUAUGUGGAGCUAUUAACAAAGCAAGUGGAAUGGUCAACAAUGGAGCACCUUUACCGUCUACAAGCCACGUACAAGAUGAAGAAGAGCAGAAUCGGAAUAAUAAUUAUAUUCAGGGUUCCAACGGGUUCCAACUGGUUCCAACACAGCUCUCUCGGACAAAACAAUUGCAAUAA